AUGGCAAGACCACGAAGGACUGAACCCAUAGUAGAGGAGGCUUCUUCUUUUCCGGAACAACUUCUUAAUCAACCUAAUGAUCAACUACCCGAGCAACCUCAACAGCAGAAUAACGAGGUUCUACUGACGCAAUUACGACAAGUAGUAGCUGAAGUCGUGGAAGAAAGGCUUAAGAAGCUGGAGGAGGAUAUGAUGGGAAAAAGAAAUUCAGAGAUCAGAGCAGAGGAAAACCAACAUAAGGUGCAAGUAGCUAUUGUGCUAUUAGAGGGACGAGCUAAGCGCUGGUGGGAAAGUGUGAGCCCAGCUGAUGACUCACAAGUUACUUGGAAUGAAUUCAAGAGGAUGUUCUUUGAUCACUAUUUCCUGCCUGCCCUACGUCAAGACAAGGAAUCAGAGUUCUUUGCCUUACAACAAAACAAUAUGCAUGAAGAUGACUUUAUUGCUAAGUUUAUAGACUUGUCCAAGUAUGUGACAUUAUUGCGGAGGGAUAAGGACUCAGGGUGGAUGGCUAGGCAAUUACGAGAAAGAGCUAGACUAGACUUGAAGCAACAACUGGCCCUGGUUCCAGUGACUAAUUUUGGAUAUAUGUGUACCAACCUUCGAGUUGCAGCUAGGCGGACUCGUGAGGCUGAGGAAGCUCGUAGAAGGGAUUCUCAAGGGCAGUUUUCCUCAUACCCUGGACCAAGUGGAGGGGUUAGUAAGAGAAAUAAUACAGGCAUAGGAAGUGUAGGUCCAUAUGGAAAGAAUCGAAGUUUAAGCCACAAGAAGUCUGUACAGAAGGGCUCAGGCCAGAAGAGCAUAAUCUCAAGAUCUCAGUCUAAUAGAAACCCGAUCGCUCAUCAUGAAUCAGUGAUGUCAACCCCUACUAUCCAUGGACCUUGCUUACAGUGUGGAAGGAACCAUCCUGGAAAAUGUUGGGAAUGCUACAAGUGUCACAAGAUAGGGCACAUUGCUCGUUAUUGUCCUGAGAAUCAGCAUAACAUUCAGAACUCCAGGGAUACUCGAUCAAUAAUGCCAGACCGUGUCUUUGCUAUUACUCAAGAAGAAGUAGGUGCUGCCCUUAACGCCAUCAAAGGUAUGAUAUCCCUUCAGGGACAUCAUGUCGAAGCACUCUUUGAUUCUGGUGCUACCCAUUCCUUUGUUUCUCAUAAAUAUGUCUUGCAUUCUAAUUUGCACAUCUCUGAGAUGCCUGUUAUUUUGAGUGUGUCUACUCCUGCGGGUUUGUCUGUUAGAGCUAUUCAAGCUUGUUUAAACCUUAAAGGCCGUAGAACAACAAUAGAUCUAAUUUGUUUACCAUUACAAGGAAUGGAUGUAAUUAUUGGGAUGGAUUGGUUAUCACAUAAUAAUGCUGUACUAGAUUGUAGAAAAAGAGUAGUUGUCUUCCCUAAAGAUGUGGUGCCUAUAGAACCAUCUAGUGGGUCAGUAUUCUUAUCCGCCACGUGA